AUGUUCGGAACAGCACAUCAGUUCUUCCAAGAUCUACAACAAUGAAGAUCUACCUCCCUUUCCUGGCGGCACUCGUCGCAACAGCACUAGCUAGACCCAGUCAGAAUCAAGGAGCCAAUGCUGCAGCAAGUGCCGUAGCAAGUUCAACAGGAAGCGAUGACAGAGGGGAACAAGACUCACUAUCUAAUGCUGUACCUGUGUCAUCAUCAUACGACAGAUUGUGGGGUGAAGGAUAUGAAUCUACUACACAAGCUAAUCUUGCAGAUUCCUCCUUGUCACAAGUAGGUAGCUUAGGAAGAAGAUCAUCUAACGCAGAAGCCAAUGCUGCUGCUUCCGCCUCGUCGCUAUCGAACAGCUGGAGAAGGAGAACAAGAAGAUCAGCUGAUGCAGAAGCUAAUGCCGCAGCUUCUGCUUCGUCACAAUCGAACAACUUGGGAAGGAAUGCAAGAUCAUCUGAUGCAAAAGCUAGUGCUUCUGCGUCCGCCUCGUCACAAUCCAACAGCGAAAGAAGCAGAGACGCAAGUGGAUCUGCUGCAGAAACUAAUGCUGCAGCUUCUGCCUCGUCACAAUCGAACAGCUUGAGAAGGAACGCAGGAUCAUCUACUGCAGAAGCUAAUGCUGCAGCUUCUGCCUCAUCACUAUCCAAUAACGAAAGAAGCAGAGACGCAAGUGGAUCUGCUGCAGAAGCUAAUGCUGCAGCUUCUGCCUCGUCACAAUCGAACAGCUUGAGAAGGAAUGCAAGAUCAUCUAAUGCAGAAGCUAGUGCAUCAGCGUCCGCCUCAUCACAAUCCAACAACGAAAAAAGCAGAGAUGCAAAUGGAUCUGCUGCAAAUGCUAAUGCUGCAGCUUCCGCCUCGUCAUUAUCCAACAACGAAAGAAGCAAAGAUGCUAGUGGAUCUGAUGCAGAAGCUAGUGCUGCAGCUUCAGCUUUGUCACGAUCGGACAGUGAAAGAGACCAAUCCUCAUGUGAAUCUAAUGCGGAAGCUAGGGCUUCAGCUUUAUCGUCGUCACAAUCAGACAGCGGAAGGAGUAAAGACACAAGUGGUUCUGAUGCAGAAGCUAGUGCUACAGCAUCAGCCUCAUCGCAAUCGAACAGCGAAAGAAGCAAAGACGCAAAUGGAUCUAAUGCAGAAGCUAGUGCUGCAGCUUCAGCCUCGUCACGAUCGAACAGCGGAAGAGACCAAGGCGCAAGUGAAUCAAAUGCAGAAGCUACUAGUGCUGCAGCAUCAGCCUCAUCGCAAUCGAACAACGAAAGAAGCAAUGAUGCUAGUGGAUCUGAUGCAGAAGCUAGGGCUACAGCUUCAGCCUCAUCAGGAUCGGCAAACGGAAGAUCCAAAGAUGCAAGUGGAUCUAGUGCAGAAGCAAGCGCUGCAGCUUCCGCCUCUUCCCGGUCGGACAAUGAAAGAAGCAAUGACUCAAGUGGAUCUGAUGCAGGAGCUAGGGCUGCAGCUUCCGCCUCGUCACGAUCGGACAGUGGAAGGGGCGGAGGAGCAAGUGAGUCUAAUUCAGGAGCUAGAGCUGCAGCUUCAGCAUCGUCUCGAUCGGACAGCGGAAGUGGCAGAGGCGCAAGUGAAUCUGAUGCAGAAGCUAGGGCUGCAGCUUCCUCCUCCUCACGAGGAGAUAGCGGAAGGGGCAGAGACGCAAGUGAAUCUGAUGGCGACGCCAGGGCUGCAGCUUCUGCUUCCUCGCGAUCGGAUAACAAAAGGGGAAGAGGAGCAAGUGAAUCUAAUUCAGGAGCUAGGGCUGCAGCUUCAGCAUCGUCACGAGCGAACAACAGAAGAGACAGAGGAGCAAGUGAAUCUGAUGCAGAAGCUAGGUCUGCAGCUUCAGCAUCAUCGGCGGACAAAAAAAAAGGCAAAAGCGGAGUGGAUUCCUUUGCAGAUGUCACGGCUUCAAUAGCGACCUCAAUACGAAAAAUUCACAGUAAUAGUUUAUUAGGAAGUCUACAUAAUGCAAUAAUUAAUUCUAAUGAUGAUGAAUGCAUUUUGUCAUAUAAUGACAGUAAAGAACUCGAAAUUUAACGAGGGGCUAUUCCUAAAUUGUGUUUUGUUGCCCUCGAUAAUACUAUUUCAUUUCAGAUUUAUUUGAAAUAUGGUUAAAAUUGAAAAUUGUUCACUUAUGUAUCCUAUAUAUUCUAUUAUCGCGCAAUUAUAUUGUUCAAUGUAAGGGUGAAUUUAUUACUUUAUAAUAUUAUAAAAAUAUAUAUUUUGUGGGUUAAACAAAAAAUAUUAU